GAGAGUGAGGCUAACGGAUGCCGAUAUUCGGCAACAUACGGCGAGGAAGAGACCGGCGCCUGGGACCGGACCUUCGCGGCCUCCCAAGAGGCCUCAGAUAUCAUCGCCGACCGACAUUACGACGGCGGCAGCGCAGCCUGACACCAAACAUGCAUCGGGCUACGAGUCGGUCAUCGUCCUGUCGGCGCCGGCGGUGCCACUCGAGGCGCCGUCCGAGGAAGGGGCGGCUGAGGGGGCAGCCGAAGGAGUGUCGGCUCCCCCACCCACGGAAGAGGUUCGGACCGAAGUACGUGAGCCCGAACGACCUGCUGCGGCCCCCGUCGUGCCCUCGGGAGGGACCCAGUCGAGCUCGAGCUUUCCGUCUCUCUCCGACCUUCGAGCCUGGGUGACCGAUCGGGGGAAGGCACCGAUGGCACCGACGGACGACACAAGAUCGGCGGGCCGCGUCGCAUCGUCCGACGUUCAGGUUUCCGAAGGAGCGUCGGCCCUGGCCAACCACAAUUUGGCUAGGAGGUUGUGUCAGGCGACCAUCCUCCCGGCCGAUCGGGAGCUCUUGAAGGAUCGGCCGGUGUCCGACAUGCUUUCUGCCUUUUACCCGACCAUGAUCCAGCUGAUCUACAGCAUAUCCGAGCUGGAGGCCGGGUAUCGGAGGUUCGGCGACGUCCAGGCGGUCUGGAAGAAUCGGGCCGAAACCGUCGAAGUGGAGAAGGCGACGCUGGUGGACCAGCUGAAGUUGUCGGUCGACCGUGAGGCUAGGCUCGAGGAGGAGAUCUCCCGACUCACCAACGGCCUAGCUGCCUCGGAGGCCGAACUUCAGUCGGCUCGCGAGCAGAUCCAGCGCAAGACCCGCUCCGUUCACCGACUGCGGCGUGAGCGGGAUGGCUGCGUCAGGGAGCUCGAGGCCGAGCGCGAACAGCUUCGCAUUAGCUUGGAGAACCUGGCUAAGGCUGAAGAGAACUUGUCCUCCGCCCAAGCUGACGCCGACAUAGCGAAGGCGGAGUCGGCCAAGGAGGCGCUGAUCCGGGCGGUGGAGGACUUUCGUGGCUCGGACGAGUAUCGGGAGGAGCUCCUCGAGAGCGGCUUCGCCUCCUAUCGGGUGGGGUACGAGGACGCCCGGGAUGCGAUUCAGAGUCUGCAUCCGGAGCUCGACCUGAGCGGCAUCGUCCCCCCAGGGUCGGAGGACCAAGCCGCAGAGGAAGAGGCCGACCCACUGCUGACGGAACGAGUUGCCGAAGGUGAGGCAGCUACAACCUCCGAUCCCUCCCCGACCCGAGCGGGCACGCCGGUUGCUCUUGAACUCUACCCGGUGCAAGAAGUCGACACCGACGAAUAGUCGGAGUAUCUGCUCUGUUAUCUUUGUAUUCUUUUCUUUCUGCUUAGUCUUUGAUAUUUGUAAUCGGGCUUCGUCCCAAUUUUGUAAUCGAACUUCGGCCCAGUUUUGUAAGUCAUUUCAACUUAACAAAAUCAAAGACUUUUCACACUUUUCCCCGCGUGCGGUUCAAUGUGUUUGAUUUGCCGAGCCAUCCAUGAGAAUAUAGGUCGUAGCUCUGACAUACCUCGUUAGGACGUUCGGUAGGAUCUAGCAUAGCCGAUCAAAGUAGUCAGUAGCGUGCGCCGUGCCAAGGAUAGCGCAAGCCCCAAUCGCAGGCCGGCAUCCCGACCGUCAUACAGAUAGCGUAGGAUCCGAUGGUCGAGAGCCGUACCGAUUGUAGGUCGAGUGUCCGCUGCCUGGACCUUGGUCGGGCGUGUACGUCAGGCCGAGUGUCGGCCAAUCACCGAACGUAGCUCGUCGACACGAUCAUUCCGUAGAGUCCGAUAGUCGAGUAGUGUCCGACGUAUUCGGAUAGGAUAACGAUGACAAGUCGAAUAUCCGUUGUCCGGUCCUUGGUCGGGCAUGCACGUCGGGAUGCAUGGUAAACGGUUUUAAGCCGAAUAUCCUUCGACCGGUCAUAACCAAGUCGGUGUGUCGUAAGUCGAAUAUCCGUUGUCCGGAUCUUGGUCGGGCGGGUACGUCGCGGUGCGUGAUAAACGGUGGCAAGCCGAAUAUCCUUCGACCGGUCGUAACUAAGUCGGCAUGUCGUAAGUCGAAUAUCCGUUGCCCGUACCUUAGUCGGACGGGUACGUCGCGGUUGUCUUGGCGUCUUGCCCUUCUUAAUCAAAGCUAAGUCGGCAAGUUAGCCAGCCGCGUUGCUCGAGAGUCGACUGUGGAAGGAGCGCGGCUUCAAUUUAGAGAGAUUUCAUCGUUAGUGCUGGCCUUCCAUUAGUGUAGACAGAACGAUUCUCGUAAGAGUCAUGUGUCGUCGACGAUCGAGUCGUAGAGUCGGCGAUCGAGUCGUAGACUCGGCGUAGAGUCGGCAAUCGAGUCGUAGACUCGGCAUAAAGUCAGCAAUCGAGUCGUAGAUUCGGCGAUCGAGUCGUUGGGCCCAAGUCGGGGCGUCGAGGCUCGUACUUCUGGCGAGGGCCGACCCUCAGCGGAGAGCCAAACUUUGUAGACUCUGGAGUUUUGAAAUUGUAUUGUAUU